AUUGAAUAUUGAACAUGCAAAUCCCACACGUCAUCCUCUGAAAGACGAACAAAAAUACAAGAGAAAACCAUUUCACACCCACUGGUUCACCGCCUUCACACUAAUCAGAACACCUCUGUGUCUCCCUCUCUAGAAUUUUCUUUUUCUUUUUCCUUUUCUUUCAAGAAUGUCUACAUAGAAUCACAGUCCAAUAAUCCGAUAUUCUCUGUUGUUCGGGCUCUUGCUGGACGUGUCACUCAUUACAUAUAUAAAAUAGGUGUUAUGGCUUAUAUGGAUCUUGAUACUCCCUGGUCAUCAUCUCUUAUGGAGUCUUUUGAUCGAUCUUUCAACAUACACAUAGGGGAAGGAAAUUUGGCAGAGACUUUGGAUUUUGUUGAGAUUCCAAAUUCUUCGACAGCUUAUAAUCAUGAUAUUCCUAAACCUCCUCCGCCCCCAAGUAAAGUUUGUACAAAAAUGAUAAAGCAUAAAGGACUAGCAGAUUCUUCUUGUGUUCCAAAGGAAACAAAAGAUGCAUGGGACAAGCUCUUCAAACAGGGAUAUGGAGCAGAUGUACAUAUUAUUACAGAGGAUGGGUUGAUUAUUGCAGCUCAUCAUGUCAUUCUGGGCAUUGCAUCGCCUAUACUUGGGAACCUCCUGCAGAAACUGAAAGUUAAGAAUGGUAUCAGAUAUUUAAAGAUUCCUGGGGUACCUUAUGAUGGUCUUUGCACGUUUGUCCGUUACCUCUAUUCAUCUUGCUAUGAAGAAUACGAGAUGAAGAAAUAUGUUCUCCAUUUACUGGUUUUGUCACAUACGUACAUGGUACCAUCUCUUAAAAGAGUUUGUAUACACCACCUGGAACAGGGUUGGCUUAACAAAGAAAAUGUUAUAGAUAUGCUACAAUUAGCUAGGAAUUGUGAUGCACCACGGCUUGUUUUGGUUUGCCUGCGUUUGAUAAUAAGGGACUUCAAAUCCAUAUCGUCGACGGAAGGAUGGAAAGUAAUGAAGCGUGCUAAUCCGGCUCUUGAACAAGAACUCUUAGAAUCGGUGGUUGAAGCGGAUACAAGAAAACAAGAGAGAUUGAAGAAGAUUGAAGAGAGAAAGGUGUAUCUGCAACUGCACGAGGCAAUGGAGGCUCUGCUCCACAUUUGCAGAGAUGGAUGCAGGACUAUCGGGCCACGUGACAAAGUGCUGAAAGGAAAUGAGGUCAUCUGCAAUUUUCAAGCUUGCAAGGGACUUGAGACUCUAAUCCGCCAUUUCUCGGGUUGUAAGACUAAAGUUCCUGGUGGAUGUAUACACUGCAAGCGCAUGUGGCAGCUUCUCGAAUUGCAUUCACGCACGUGCAAUGAGCCCGAUUAUUGCAAGGUUCCUCUUUGUAGACAUUUCAAGGAGAAAAUGCAGCGACAAAACAAGAAAGACGAGGCAAGGUGGAAACUUUUGGUAAGCAAAGUGAUAGCAACAAAGAAUGCUCUUGGACCAUUCUCAUCCCGCCAAUCAAGUUUUUUAUGACUAGAAUGGAGUAUGGCCUAUAUUUUAGCGGCCUUGAUCGAAUCUAAAAACUGGAACGCAAAUAGAAUAAAGGGAAGUGUAUAUAGAAGUGGAUGUAGAGAAUAAAUAACGUAACACUGACAGUGUUGAAUUAUGGAUGUAUGAGUUAUAUUGUUUACUUAAAUGUAGUUCAUAUAGAAAGA